GUCAGUCUUAUGAAAUCCGUCUACUUGAGAAUAGGAAAUUGGGAGAGUUUCAAGAUUUAAACACAAAAUAUGUAAAGAGCAUAAUUCGUGUAGUUUUCCAUGAUCGACGCCUGCAGUACACAGAGCAUCAGCAGCUCGAGGGCUGGAGGUGGAGUCGGCCUGGGGACCGCAUCCUUGAUAUAGAUAUUCCGCUGUCUGUUGGUAUCUUGGAUCCCAGGGCCAGCCCAACCCAGUUGAACACUGUUGAAUUUCUGUGGGAUCCAUCAAAGAGAGCCUCAGCAUUCAUUCAGGUACAUUGCAUCAGCACAGAAUUUACUCCACGGAAACAUGGAGGAGAGAAAGGGGUGCCCUUCCGGGUGCAAAUCGACACCUUUAAGCAGAAUGAAAAUGGUGAAUACACAGAACACUUGCAUUCUGCGAGCUGCCAGAUCAAAGUGUUCAAGCCUAAAGGAGCAGACAGAAAACAGAAGACUGACAGGGAAAAAAUGGAGAAGAAGACUACUCAAGAGAAGGAGAAGUAUCAGCCUUCUUAUGAGACAACUAUUCUCACAGAGUGCUCUCCCUGGCCUGAUGUGCCUUAUCAGAUGAACAAUGCUCCAUCUCCAAGCUACAACAGUUCUCCCAACAGCUUCAACCUUGGAGAUGGCAACAGUUCUCCAACCCACCAAGUGGAGCUCCUGCCUCCCAGCAAUGAUCAUCUCCUUCCUUCUGCUUCUAUUCAAGAUGCCCAGCAGUGGCUUCAUCGUAAUAGGUUCUCUCCAUUCUGUAGACUCUUCUCAAGUUUUUCGGGUGCUGACUUACUGAAGAUGUCCAAAGAAGAUUUUGUUCAAAUCUGUGGGCCUGCUGAUGGAAUUCGGCUCUUUAAUGCAAUCAAAGGAAGAAAUGUAAGGCCCAAGAUGACAAUUUAUGUCUGUCAAGAACCAGAGCAUAACAGGUCCCAUCUCCACCAAAAACGAGAAAAUGGAGAUGGCAGUCUUUGUGUAUAUCAUGCAAUCUUCUUGGAAGAAUUGACCACGCUGGAAUUAAUUGAGAAGAUUGCCAACUUGUACAGCAUUUCUCCACAGCAGAUAAAUCGAAUCUAUCGUCAGGGACCAACAGGGAUCCAUGUAUUAGUGAGCAAUGAGAUGGUGCAAAACUUCCAAGAUGAAUCUUGUUUUGUUAUCAGCACAUUAAAAGCUGAAAGCAAUGAUGGCUACCACAUCAUUUUAAAAUGA